AUGAAUCAAACUUUGUUCUUUUUUUAUUCUUCCUCUUUCUCUUUGUUGCUCAUCCUUCCUUUUAUCUUUGUUCUUUUUUCUUUCGUUUGUUUCUUUGUUCUUUUUUCUUCCAUUUUUUUUCUUUGUUUUUUCUUCCUCUUUUUCUUCUGUUUUUUUUUUUUUUUUUCUUUUCUUUUUCUUUUUUUUCUUUCUUCCUUUUUUUUUCUUUUUUUUUCUUUUCCUCUUUUCUUUUGUUUUUUCUUUCUUCCUCUUUUUCUUUGUUUUUCUUUCUUCCUCUUUUUUCUUUGUUUUUCUUUCUUCCUCUUUUUUCUUUGUUUUUCUUUCUUCCUCUUUUUCUUUGUUUUUCUUUCUUCCUCUUUUUUCUUUGUUUUUCUUUCUUCCUCUUUUUCUUUGUUUUUCUUUCUUCCUCUUUUUUUUUUGUUUUUUUGUUUUUUUUUUGUUCCCUCUUUUUUUGUUUUCUUUCUUCCUCUUUUUCCUUUUUUUUCUUUGUUGUUCUUUUUCUUUGUUGUUCUUUCUUCCUCUUUUUUCUUUGUUGUUCUUUCUUCCUCUUUUUCUUUGUUGUUCUUUCUUCCUCUUUUUCUUUGUUCUUUCUUUUCUUUUUUGUGUUCUUCUUUCUUCAUUUUUUCUUUGUUUUCAUUCUUUUUCUUUGUUCAUUUUUUUGUUCUUUGUUCAUUUUUCUUUUUCUUUCUGUAUUAG